UUUCAUAAUACACUGCGUAGGUCUUCGCGUGAACGACAAGGCGAGCAAUCUUCUUCUUACGGCACGAUUGAACGUUAAGCUGGUAUCAAGCCAUGGGAGAAAAAGCGGUGAAAGUUAGCAAGUACCUGCUAAUUGCCUUUAAUUGUUUGUUCUUGCUUGCAGGCUUAGGAUUGCUGGGAGGUGGCAUCUGGAUUUUAACUGCCUCUUCAAGUUUCAACGACACGUUUUCACAAUUCAUUGACGUGGAAUCGUUGAUGUACGACUGGAUCGGUUAUGUGGCAAUUGGAUUUGGAGCAUUUGUCGCUUUAGUAGCAUUUUUAGGAUGUUGUGGUGCCAUAUGUGAAAACAAAUGUAUGCUUGGAUCGUUCUUUGUGAUUAUAUUGAUAUUUGCCCUUGUCGAAAUUGCCUUGGCGAUACUCGUGUUCGUAUACGCCGGUAAUCUGAAGUCUAUUUUGGAAUCACCAGCGAAGAACGUCAUACAGAACACAUACCUUCAUGGAACGGCCGUUGGAAAUUCGUACGACAAAAUACAAAAAGAACAUCAUUGUUGCGGUUUCAGUGGGGGAAGUGACUACGCAAACAGCGUAUACGCAAAUACGCACAACCGAGUGAAUCCUUGGCCUCCGUCGUGUUGCACAGAUGAGAAUGAUACGAGUCCGUGCACGGAUAUCAAUCCUCCAACAAAAUCAAACUCUGAUAAGGGAUGUUUCGAACCUAUUUCGGAGAUACUCAUUGGUUAUUCUGGUUUGAUCGGUGGUGUGGCUAUUGGACUUGCGGCGAUCAAGAUCUUAUCAAUGGUCUUCACAUGUUGCGUGUAUUGUGGAAUAGGGGGGCAUAGUGCAAAAGUUGGCCCCUUCGGUGGAAGGCCGUAGAAAUGGACUUGUUAUGUCUGAUGACGUACAUUGAAAUGCAGUGUCAAACUUUUUAAUCCCACGAGAAUUCAAAACUAAAUGUAUAUACUUCCUCCAAAUAAUAUAUAUAGUAGAUAUGAUCUGUACAAAAAUGUGUGAGCUAUAAGACGGUUUGAUAUCUGAUGUUAGCACGCUAAUGAAUGUGGUUUCAGAUUUUAAUCCGUUUGUAUAAUACAUAUAAGCUUAUUAAUCCCAUAUGAUAGUCGUUUGCAGGGAUGAUAGACUUAUUCU